GACGAAGUUCCUCUGUGCGGCACAAUAACAGUGACAACAGGGUGAAGUUUUCUGCUCUCCACAAAAUGAAUUACUUUAGUUAGCAGACGUGUUUUUUUGAAACACGACGACUUUUUGACCUCCAGUCAUUUAGAUAAGCUGACAGGAUUUGUGAGAUGUUGACAAAUGACUGACUAUUGCUGACGUGUGACGCAAGACUUUUCUGGAAAGGAUGGAUGAUUUUUAAGAUAUUCUAAUGCUCUUACUUGAGGAAGUCUAAAAGUUCUUGGACACGGCUUACUUCAAUCAAACAGAUGCAAAUGGCGGAGCAGGAUGUUCCUUCUGAUGGAGGUUUGGGGUUUGAACAGAGUUCCCCACCUGCGCCUCAUGAUCCCUCAAACCCUCAAUCUGAAGCACAGGGUCCUAAAAGCUUGGGUAUUUCACACUCAUCUCUGGAUUCCUCCAUUAACCCUCCUGAAUCCAAAACCUUACCUUGUGAACAUCUACAGAGCCCCGAGUUGGAGGAUCUGGAUUCCUAUAAUCUGAUCGAGCCUCCACCGCUGGACUGGAGGUCCGACUCUUCCAGCGAUGCCGGUUCGGUCGGAGAACUUGAAAGCUGUUCGGUGGGAGAGUUUGAGGUGCCUGGAUCUCUCAGCACGGACACAAUCUCUGCCGUUGCUCAAACCUCCACAGAAGCCUUCAGCAAAACAGAAGAGCUUUCAGCUCAAAAAGCAGUGCCUGAAAUUAGGGAUUUUCAAAAACAGGAAGAGGCGGAGGAAGAAAAAGAAGUGAUGAAUAAAGAAACCGAGAAAGAUAAAGUUAGCAAACGGGAUCUUGACCACUCCCACAUUCAAAGUCUGCUGAAUCAGCUCCAUCUUUUUCACCCAUCGACGCCAAUAAGUAGUCCCGCCCACUGCGCUCCUGACGAUUCAGACAAUCGCGACCCUUCGCAUCACACUCAUACUCCACCUGAAGCUGCCGCCCCCUUCUGUCAUGCCCAAUCGGCAACUGCAGAUCCAGACAGAAGCGUCCCUUCAGCCCUGCUCUUUUCUCAGGAGUACCAGAGAGAUCUUCUGCAACUGUUGGACGACCCAGAACCUGAAGAACCAAGUACCAUUCUUCAGUUAGUUCACACACCCCUGCUGACCCCCACCGCAGAACCUCAACCGGGACUCAGACGGCAAAGCAGUGAUGCAGAUGAGAUGAUCUCCAUAUCUCACAGUGAAGACAUCUGGCACAGACAUCUGCAGGAUGAGCUGGUGCUUUCAGGAAUCACAGAGGAGGAUCGGUGGGCUGCGUCUGAACGUCUGACUCCAGACCAGUCUGUAGGGGAGAACAAUGAUUUGCAGGAAGACGAUGCACAGUCUGCAUAUAAGAAUGUGCCCGGCCCAUGUGACCCUGAAGAUCUUCUGGAUGGAGUGAUCUUUACAGCUAAAUAUCUCGGCUCUACGCAGCUGCAGUCAGAGAAGAAUCCAUCCACCAAUGCUCGUAUGAGCCAAGCACAGGAAGCCGUGGAUCGCAUCAAGGCACCUGAGGGGGAGUCACAGCCUAUGACGGAGGUCGAUCUCUUUAUCUCCACACAGAGAAUCAAAGUAUUGAGUGCAGACACACAGGAGGCCAUGAUGGACCAUGCUCUGCAGAUGAUUUCAUACAUUGCGGACAUCGGGAACAUUGUGGUUUUGAUGGCACGCAGGAAGCCGGCCGGUCGCAAAACGGAGGAUUCAACAGAGGGAUCCACGGCACCACCGAAAAAGUGCUGGAUGAUCUGUCACGUGUUUUCUUCUGAUGAUGCUCAUAUCAUCGCACAGGCUAUUGGUCAGGCAUUUGGUGUUGCAUAUCAGCAGUUUCUGUAUACCAAUGGAAUUAAAUCCAGUGACUUGCGGCCAGGCGAGUACAGCGAUUACCUCGGCACUCAGGAGCUCUAUAACGGAGACCUGGUUCAUUUCUCUCGCUCUGAAAACAUCCGAGAGGAAUUUCUUUGUAGUUUCAGAUCACUGUCGGUGAACGGCACCAGUCUGGUGGGACUCCCCAUCGCUACCUGCCAAAAUAUCAUACGAGAGCUGAAGACUUUGGCGAUCGUAAAGCUCAGCAUUGUCCACUGUCCACCUGUAACCAUGGCGAUCAUCAAGCGUCCAGACCCCAAGUAUCAGCUGGGCUUCAGCGUGGAGGAUGGGAUUAUUUGCAGUUUAAUGCGGGGAGGAAUCGCCGAGCGGGGGGGCAUUCGAGUUGGUCAUCGCAUUAUUGAGAUCAACGGGCAAAGUGUCGUAGCCACACCUCAUGAGAAAAUCAUCCACAUACUGUCCAGUGCCGUAGGGGAGAUUCAUCUGAAGACUAUGCCAACAUCAACAUACCGUCUCCUGACUGGACUAGAUCAGCCCGUGUUCCUUUAAAUUAAGAGGCUGCUCCUCUCACGUUCUCAGCACCACAUGCAACUUUUAAUAAAAUAUAUAUUUCAAUAUUUAAAAAAUGAAAUGGAUCUGGACAUGCAGAUUAUGGACCUCCAUUUUAGAGACUGAAAUAAUGAUUUAACUGCUGGUUUGUAACAUUUGUCUUUGUUAAUGCUGCCAGAUCAAGGUGCCUGAAGAUAAGCCUUGUGUUUGAAUGACUAUGCAUUAGAGUCCACACCUAUACUGAACAUCAGACAUGCAAAUUAAACUGCCUGCACCUACGCAAUAAAGCAGCAGUGAGUGACUCCAUGUUCAGUGUUUUUAAAGCGUUUACAUGCUCUUUACAGAGCUUAAGAUUUAGUGCCUGUAAAAAUAGACCUUGUUUACUGCACAGGGUUUGUUUUUUUAGCUAUAUAGAGAGGUAUAUUUUAUUAACUGCUGUAUUUGAUGUUUAUUAAAGACACAAAAACA